CUCGGCAGUACACCUCCAGGCGCUGUUGUGGGGGAAGCUGAUCGUGACAGGCUAACAGCAGCGGACUGUAAACAUGGCGGCGUGCACAGCUACAGGGCUGAGCCGAACACCCCGUUCCUGUUAGUGUGAGAGCCGGAGACACCCCGAACAUGGAGACCGAGGAGGAGCAGCACAUCACCACGCUCCUCUGUAUGGGCUUCCCGGACCCAGACGUGAUCCGAAAGGCGCUCCGACUGGCCAAGAACGACAUCAACGAGGCGGUGGCGCUUCUCACUAACGAGAGCCCCGGACUCGGGUAUGGAUACGAGCCGAUGGAGAGCGGGCCUGCCCCCGGCCCGGGCUCCGGGGGAGACGGGGAGAACAGCGGGCGGACCGGGACUGGAGGGUUCGAUCCCCCGCCCGCUUACCACGAUGUAGUGGACAGCGAGAGGAGUAACGAUGAGAACGGGAACUGUUCUGGGGGCAGUAUGGAGUUUCCCACCACCAACCUGUACGAGCUGGAGAGUCGGGUCUUCACCGAUCAUUGGUCCAUCCCGUACAAGAGGGAGGAGUCUCUGGGGAAGUGUCUGAUCGCGUCUACCUGCCUGGCUCGACACGGUCUUGCGGACGCUGAUGAGAACUGUAAGCGCUUCAUCGACCGCUGCAUGCCCGAGGCCUUUAAAAAGCUGCUGACCAGCAGUGCUGUGCAUAAGUGGGGCACAGAGAUCCACGAGGGGAUCUACAACAUGCUGAUGUUACUGGUGGAGCUGGUAGCAGAGCGGGUGAAGCAGGACCCCGUCCCUGUGAACCUGAUGGGGGUCCUCACCAUGGCCUUUAACCCUGACAACGAGUACCACUUCAAGAACAGGAUGAAGGUCUCUCAGAGGAACUGGGCUGAGGUGUUUGGAGAUGAAGCCAACAUGUUCGCUGUGUCUCCCAGUAACACCUAUCAGAAAGAGCCUCAUGGUUGGCUGGUGGAUCUGGUAAAUCGAUUUGGGGAGUUAGGAGGAUUCACGGCCAUCCAGACGAAGCUGAACGCAGACGAAAUCGAGAUCGCUAGUGUGUCUGCUCUGGUCCAGCCUCUGGGUGUUGGUGCAGAAUACCUGAACUCCAGUCUCGUCCAGCCCAUGCUGGAUCCAGUCAUCCAUAAGAUGAUCAAGUAUGUGCAGAACCUGGAGGAGAAGGACCUGAAAGAUAAGCGUCUGGUGAGCAUCCCUGACCUGCUGUCGGCCAUCAAGCUGCUGUGUAUGCGGUUUCAGAGAGAGCUGGUCACUGUGGUGGAUGACCUGAGGUUGGACACGCUGCUGCGCAUGCUCAAAACCCCCCACUUCUCCACCAAGAUGAACUCCCUGAAAGAGGUGACUAAGUUAAUAGAGGAGAGCACGGUGUCGAAGACGGUGAAAAACGCCAUCGACACCGAUAAACUGUUGGACUGGUUGGUGGAGAACUCGGUCCUGUCAAUAGCACUGGAGGGUAACAUUGACCAGGCUCAGUACUGUGAGAGGAUUAAGGGAAUCAUUGAGCUGCUGGGGAGCAAACUGUCUCUGGAUGAACUCUCUAAGAUCUGGAGAAUACAAGCGGGCCAAUCAUCGACUGUGAUAGAAAACAUCCACACAAUCAUCGCUGCUGCUGCUGUGAAGUUCAGCUUUGACCAGCUCACACACCUCUUCGUCCUCAUACAGAAGAGCUGGGAGGUGGAGAGCGACCGUGUGAGGCAGAAGCUGCUCAGUCUGAUCGGGAGGAUCGGCAGAGAAGCUCGCUCUGAAGCCACCACGGGGAAGGUGCUGGAGGUGCUCUGGGAACUGGCUCACCUGCCCACCCUGCCCACCAGCCUGGUCCAGCAGGCUCUGGAAGAGCACCUGGGGAUCCUGAGCGAUGCCUACGCUGUGAAGGAGACGGUGAAGCGCAGUUACAUCAUCAAAUGUAUUGAGGACAUCAAGAAGACUCUCAGUCAGGAGGACAGUAAAGGCAGCGACUCUCAGAGCUCCUUUCUAACCACAACAUGGAGCAAGAAGAAACAUAGCGCGGUGCUCAAAGCCUCUCAGCCCAGCAGUCCUCAGUCCGUCUGGGUUGUUCCUGCUCUCCGUCAACUACACGAGAUCACUCGCUCUUUUAUUAAGCAGACAUAUCAGAAACAGGACAAGAGCAUCAUCCAGGACCUGAAGAAGAACUUUGAGAUUGUCAAACUGAUCACAGGAUCUCUGGUGUGCUGCCAUCGGCUCGCUGUGACGGCGGCCGGGAAUAACGGCCUCUCAGCGUCCACAAUGGUGGAUGGACGAUACACCUACCAGGAGUACCUGGACGGCCACCUGCGCUUCCUGGCCUUCUUCCUGCAGGAGGCCAGCCUGUACCUGGUCUGGAACAGAGCCAAGGAGCUGUGGGAGUGUCUGGUGUCAGGACCUGAUGUCUGUGAGAUGGACCGAGAGAUGUGUUUUGAGUGGUUUACCAAAGGACAGCACGACCUGGAGAGCGACGUUCAGCAGCAGCUCUUCAAGGAGAAAAUCCUCAAACUGGAGCCUUACGAGAUCACUAUGAACGGUUUCAAUCUGUUCAAGACGUUCUUCGAGAAUGUGAAUCUGUGUGACCAUCGCCUCAAACGCCAGGGGACUCAGCUGUGUGUGGAGCGACUCGACCUGGCAGGGAUGGAUUUUAUCUGGCGUAUCGCCAUGGAAACCCCUGAUGAAGAGAUAGCCAAUGAAGCGAUCCAACUGAUCAUCACAUACAGCUACACCAACCUCAAUCCCAAAAUGAAGAAGGACUCUGUGUCUCUGCAUAAGAAGUUUAUCGCUGAUUGUUACAAGCGCCUGGAGGCGGCGAGCUCGGCCCUGGGGGGACCAACUCUGACACAUGCUGUUACCAGGGCAACUAAGAUGCUGACAGCCACCGCCAUGCCGACUGUGGCCACGUCUGUACAAUCACCAUCCAGGUACAGAGGGGGGUUUGGAUCCACUAAGCUGGUGAUAAUCGAAAGACUGCUGCUAUUGGCUGAACGCUACGUAAUCACCAUAGAGGACAUGUACUCAGUUCCUCGCACUAUUCUACCUCACGGCGCAUCGUACAAUGGACACCCCGUCACUCUACACAUCACCUACGAAUCAACCAAAGACACCUUCACCCUCGAGACCCACAGUAAUGAGACCAUAGGAAGCAUCAGGUGGAAGAUUUCGGAGCACCUGAGCUGUCCGGUGGAUAACGUGCAGAUCUUUGCUCAUGACAGUGUGUUGACCAUGAACCGGGACCAGAAGCUUCUGUCUCAGCUGGGCUUCAGUGACGAGCAGAGUCUGACCGUGAAGAGCUCCAGCACCGGAACACCAUCUGGCAGCUCCGAGUCCUCGGCCUCAGCUUCCAGCAGCUCCAGCUCGGCCGUCUUUAACUCCGCCUACGCCUUAGAGCAGGAGAAGUCUCUGCCCGGUGUGGUGAUGGCGUUGGUGUGUAAUGUGUUUGAGAUGCUUUAUCAGCUCGCUAAUCUCGAUGAAUCCAGGAUCACUCUCCGAGUGAGGAAACUGCUGCUGCUGAUUCCUACAGAUCCAGAGGUUCAGGACGCUCUCGACAACUUUGUACCCAAAGAAUCAAGCGUGUGGAGCCACCAGAAGACGCUGUUCACGCUGGGUCAGGGUUCAGGCUCUCGUUCACCGUCUCUGUCCUCCAAGCAGCAGCACCAGCCGAGUGCUGCUUCCAUCUUAGAGUCUCUGUUCAGGUCCUCGGCCCCGGGCAUGUCCACCUUCAGAGUGCUUUACAACCUGGAGGUGUUGAGUUCGAAGCUGAUGCCGACCUCUGACGAUGAGAUGGCUAAAACCAGCAGCAAGUCUUUCUGUGAGAACUUUCUGAAAGCAGGAGGCCUCAGUCUGGUGGUGAACGUGAUGCAGAGAGACUCGAUCCCUCCUGAGGUGGACUAUGAGACCAGACAGGGAGUCUACUCCAUCUGCCUCCAGCUGGCCAGGUUUCUCCUGGUUGGUCAGAGCAUGCCCAUGUCCCUGGAUGAUGAUGUCAUCCGGGAUGGCGACGCGCUGUCAUCUCGUCCGUUUCGCAAUGCAGGACGAUCCGGACGUCAGCUGUCUCUGUGUGGGACUCCAGAAAAGUCCUCGUACAGACAGAUGUCUCUGUCCGAGCGCUCGUCUAUCAGGGUUGAGGAGAUCAUACCUGCAGCUCGUGUAGCCAUCCAGACCAUGGAGGUGGGGGACUUCACCUCCACUGUGGCCUGCUUCAUGCGUCUCACUUGGGCGGCUGCAGCGGGCAGGUUGGAUCUGGUCGGCAGCCCUCAGCCAAUCAGAGAGUGCCACAGCUCAUCACUGCCACAGGGUGUCCGCACUCGAGUCAGCAGCACAGGAAGUAACUGCAGCUCCAGCAGUGAGGGGGAGUCCAUACCCACUGCACUGCAUGCAGGGAUUUGUGUCCGACAGCAGAGCGUGUCCAUCAAAGACGCCAUCAUCGCCCGAGAGGCUCUGUCUCUGCUGGUGACAUGUCUGCAGCUUCGCUGCCAGCAGCUGUCGUCGUUCUAUAACCUUCCCUCCGUCAGUGACUUCAUCAUCGACAUCCUGCUGGGGUCUCCCAGUGGAGAGAUCCGACGUGUGGCCUGUGAUCAGCUCUACACUCUGAGUCAGUCUGACACCUCGGCCUUCGCUGAAGUCCAGAAACCGAACCUGUUCCUGCUCUCAGUCGUCCUCACGGCUCAGCUGCCGUUAUGGAGUCCAACGUCUGUCAUGAGAGGAGUCAACCAGAGGCUGCUGUCUCAGUGCACAGAGUACUUCGACCUGAGAUGUCAGCUCCUGGACGAUCUCACCACGUCAGAGAUGGAGGUUGUCAAAGUGAGCGCAGCCGCCAUGCUGGAGGACGAGAUCUCCUGGCUUGAUAACUUUGAGCCCAGCUGGAGCUCAGAGAUGGAGACCAGCGAGGCUGACAACAUCCUGCUGGCCGGACACCUGCGACUCAUCAAAACCCUGCUGUCACUGUGCGGCAACGAGAAGGAACACCUGGGUCCGUCUCUGAUUCAGCAGCUGUUGGAUGACUUCCUAUUUCGAGCCUCACGAAUUAUCAUCAACAGCUCGAAUCCGACCCCCUCCCCCGCCCCGAGCCACGACUUCCACCCAAAGUACGACAGGUGCAGCACAGCCAGCAGCCGUCUUGCAGCCUACGAGGUUUUGGUGAUGUUGGCGGACAGUUCUCUGUCGAACCUGCGUCUGAUCACCAAAGAGCUGCUGUCCAUGCACCACCAGUCAGACCCGUCGCUCUGCAAAGAGUUUGAUUAUCUCCCCCCCGUCGAGAGCCGCUCAGUCUCGGGUUUCGUGGGGUUGAAAAAUGGUGGCGCCACGUGUUAUAUGAACGCUGUGUUCCAGCAGCUCUACAUGCAACCCGGUCUACCAGAGGCCUUUCUCUCCAUCGAGGACGACACUGAUCAGCCUGAGGAGAGCGUCUUCUAUCAGGUCCAGUCUCUGUUCGGUCACCUGAUGGAGAGCAAGCUUCAGUACUACGUCCCUGAGAACUUCUGGAAGAUCUUCAAGAUGUGGAACAAAGAGCUCUACGUGAGGGAGCAGCAGGACGCCUACGAGUUCUUCACCAGCCUGGUGGACCAGCUCGACGAACACCUAAAGAAAAUGGGGCGGGAGCAGAUCUUUAAGAACACGUUCCAGGGAAUCUUCUCAGACCAGAAGAUCUGUAAAGACUGUCCUCACAGGUAUGAGCGUGAGGAAACCUUCAUGGCUCUGAACCUGGGGGUGACGUCGUGUCAGAGUCUGGAGAUCUCUCUGGAUCAGUUCGUUCGAGGAGAGGUGCUGGAGGGCAGCAAUGCUUACUACUGUGAGAAAUGCAAAGACAAGAGAACCACAGUGAAGAGGACGUGUAUUAAAUCCCUGCCCAGCGUCCUGUGUAUUCACCUGAUGCGCUUCGGCUUCGACUGGGAGAGUGGGCGGUCCAUCAAAUACGACGAACAGAUCCGGUUCCCCUGGGUGCUGAACAUGGAGCCCUACACCGUCUCUGGGAUGGCUCGUCAGGACUGCAGCAACGAGGGCGGCGAGGGGCGGGGUGACGGUACCCCAGGAGGAUCACCCAGGAAGAAAGUCACAAUAUCUGAAAACUACGAACUGGUGGGCGUUGUAGUCCACAGCGGUCAGGCUCAUGCCGGACACUAUUACUCCUUCAUCAAAGACAGACGAGGUAACGCUCGAGGACGUUGGUACAAGUUUAACGACAACGUGGUGGAGGAGUUUGACAUGAACGAUGAAACUCUGGAGUACGAGUGUUUCGGAGGAGAGUACCGACCCAAAGUCUAUGACCAGUCUAACCCCUACCCUGACGUCAGGAGGAGGUACUGGAACGCCUACAUGUUGUUCUAUCAGAAGAUCAGCGACCUGAACUCACCUGUGCUGCCGAAGAAGAGCCGAGUGAGCAUCAUGAGACAGGAGGCCGAGGACCUCACACUGUCUGCCCCUUCCUCCCCCGACGUCUCCCCUCAGUCCUCCCCUCGUCCCCCCAGAGCCAAUAACGACCGUCUCACCCUCCUUGCUCGUCUGGUCCGUAAGGGGGAGAAGAAGGGGCUGUUUGUGGAGAAGAUGCCGGCCAGUAUCUACCAGAUGGUGAGAGACGAGAAUCUGAAGUUCAUGAGGAACAGAGACGUCUACAACAGCGACUACUUCAACUUCACCCUCUCCCUCACCUCCGUCAACGCGACGAAGCUGAAACAUCCAGACUACCAGCCCAUGGCCAAAGAGAGUCUCCAGCUGGCUGUCCACUUUCUCUUUCACACCUACCUGCACACCAAAAAGAAACUCAGGGUGGACACAGAGGAGUGGAUGGCGGCGGUGGAGGUGCUGCUGUCCAAGAGUAGCGAGGCAUGUCAGUGGAUGGUUCAAUACCUGGUCGGACCCGAGGGACGAGAGAUCACCAGGGUCUGUUUGCUGGAGUGCAGUGUCAGGGAGGUGAGGGUGGUGGUGGCAUCCAUCCUGGAGAAGACUCUGGAGAACGCUCUUCACUUUGGGGACCCCGGAUUGGACAGUUAUGUGGACGCCCUGCUGUCCUUACUGGACAAAGACGUUCCUGAGAACGUGAAGAACUGUGCGCAGUACUUCAGCCUCUUCAGUAACUUUGCUCAGAGGGGAUGUGGUUCUUGUCAGCUGUUGUUGAAGCACUCAGCGUAUCGUCGGAUGCUACUCUUCCUGUUGGGUUCUAACAGACAGAAUAACCAGAACCGGCGGUGGAGUCCGGCUCAGGCUCGAGAGUUCCUCCACCUCCACAGCACCCUCGCCCUCAUCACGCUGCACUCCGAGCUGAACCCCCAGAGGACACAUGCUCCAGGAGGGUUUAAAAUCCGAGUGAGCUACGUCCCGUCCUCCUCCACCUCGCUCCUCCCGCUGCACUCAGACAUCAUGACCUCUCUGUUCACCCCGGAAGGACAGCCGUAUCUUUUAGAGGUGAUGUUUGCGAUGCGUGAGCUGUCCGGCCCUCUGUCUCUACUCAUAGAGAUGAUCACCUACGUCUCCUUCUGUAAUGAACCCUUCUCCCUGGGCUUGCUGCAGCUGCUAAAGGUCCAGCUGGAGACGGCUCCUCCUCACGAGCUGAAGAACGUGUUUCAGAUGCUUCAGGAGCUGCUGGUGAUGGAGGAUCCUCUGCAGUCCCAGAGACUGAAGUAUGCCUUUGAGUCAGACAAAGGCCUCUUAGCUCUGAUGCAUCAGAGCAACAACGUGGACAGCAGGCGGUGCUACCAGUGCGUGAAGUUUCUGGUGACUCUGGCUCAGAAGUGUACUCCAGCUAAGGACUACUUUAAAGACCUGUCUGGACACUGGAGCUGGGCGGUUCAGUGGCUGCAGAAAAAGAUGACCGAACAUUACUGGACUCCACAGAGCAACGUCUCCAACGAGACCUCCACCAACAAGACCUUUCAGAGGACCAUCUCUGCACAGGAUACGCUGGCGUAUGCCACGGCGCUGUUAAACGAGAAGGAGCAGUCCGGCAGCAGUAACGGUUCUGACGGCAGCCCGGCCAACGAGAACGCUGACCGCAGCCUGAGACAGGGCUCUGAGUCUCCCAUGAUGCUCGGGGACUCGAAGAGCGACUUGGAAGAUGUUGACCCGUAGCUCCGCCCAUCAGCAGCAUCCCUCCGCAGGAGAGGCGGCUCAGCUCUGAGCAGCCGACAGAAAGGGCUGCACUCUGCCUCUGAUUGGUCGGGACAUUUAGGACUCACAGCAAACCAAUCAGAACACUUAAUCUCUGGGUCUCCACGGCAACAAAGGGGCUACGAAUAAACCAUGAAUGAGUUCCUGUGAGAGCGGCGAGGCGAUGAUGGAGGAGCGGCAGAGAGGAUCAUGGAGGAGCAGCUCCUUCAGUCAGCGUGACAGUGAGCCGGACGGCGCCCUCCAUGUUUUAAUCUUAUUUACAGACUCAGACGCCUGCUCCUCAGGGGUCACCUCCAGAUUUUAAAGUUCUCCUCCUCCUCACAGCCCCGCACAGAGAGAGAGAGAGAGACAGAGGUCACAUUAGCUGCUCUAGAGGAACUCACACCUGUACAGGAACACCUACACACACACGCACUCAAAGGGGGCAGGGUUUAGUAUGCACUUUAUAGUCCGGCCCGGGUCCAGUGAGACACACUUUACUUCCUCUAGAGCCUCCAAGUGAUCCCGCCUUCUUCUUCUUCUGUUGCUUUUUAAACGUUUGAUUUCAGUGCCAUUUAUGCAGACACCUGUGACCUUUGACCCUGGAGACCUCAGUGUAGCCAUGGUCACUUAGCACAGGGCCAGACCAGAACCGAACUGGACCCUGAUCCGGGACAAACAGUGCCAUCAUCAGUGCUCUCUCCUCCUCCCGCUGCUCCUGCUCCUGCUCCUCCUCUUCCUCCUCUUCCUCCUCCCCCUCAUCCUCCUGCUCCUCCUUUUCCUCCACCUCCUCCUUCUCUUCCUCCUCCCCCUGCUUCUCUUCUUCCACCUCCUACUCCUCCUCUUGCUCCUCCUCUUCCUGAUCCUGCUCCUCCUCUUCCACCUCCUCCCUUCACUGUUUCCUCUCUCUGGAUGGAGGGAUUCUCAGAGAGAACGUUUCUCGCCUUAUGCAAGAGAAGCCGAUCUUAGAGCACAGACCAGCUGUGCCGACUGAGAGGAGGAGUUCAUGAGCAAGUUUUGCUUUAGGUGCCAAGGUUACGCACACACACACACACACACACACAGAGUAAACACUAUGAUAGAACAUGUGAACUCAUAUAAAUGUGUCACUCAUGAACAGGU